CCUCCAUCUCUCAGCUGAUGCGAUAACCCAUACAGAGACAUUGCAGUACCCAGUACUUCCCCAUCAUAUUAUCCUCAGUAUUGUCAGUGAAGUACAGUAUUAAAGUGGUGAAACAACGAAAAACGUCACCAGUGAAUGGUGAACAUCGAUAUUCACCCAUUUCCAUAAUUUUUUUUUACCCCAAUUGAACGAUUUAUUCGCUUAUUCAUGGUGUAAUAAGUGACCAGUGGCAGUGCAGUGGUAAUUUAUUUGGGGACUUUCACUCGUUCGUGGUUGAGUGAGAACAAAGAUUUCAAGAUUUAGGGUGAAUUUUCGAGGGAUUUGAGGGGUUUUUGAGGGGAUAAGUUUGAGUUUUUCUGAGUGGAACACUGGGUAUGGUAUACCUGAGGGCCUCUUGGGGUAUGGGAGAGACUGAUCCACAGUGUCUCAGUUCCAAUACACCAGUCUCUUCCACAUCUUCAACCUCAAAUGUUGGAUUUCUUCAGGAUCAUGAUGAAGAAGUUGCUCUGCAUCCACUCAAUAAUCAGGUUGGAGGACACACGAGACUUCUGCUGCUCAAUCAAAACACUAUUUGCAAACCUUUGAAUCGUCGUGAGCUCGAUUUUUACCUAAACAUUCCCCAGGAUAUCCAAAUGUUUGUUCCAAAGUUCAAGGGUGUAAUCUCAGCGUCAAGUAGUGGUGGAGAGGUAGAGAAACGUUACAGUCCGAGUUUUCGUGAUGCCGAUGCAACCCAUCAGCCCCAGACACCAGCAAAAUCAUCUUCAAAGCGUAAACGCGACGAUGUACUCAGGAUGAAAAUUCAUAGAAAAAAUAGUACGACGGACGUGCUCAAGCCGGGAAAUCAUCUGGAGCCAAGUGCAUCGAAUAAACAAUAUUUUUUAUUACUUGAGAAUAUUACAUCACGGUAUACCCACCCGUGCAUACUGGAUCUGAAGAUGGGUACGAGGCAGCACGGGGAUGACGCAUCAGCGGAAAAACGUAGUAAGCAGAUUGCCAAGUGUGCAGCGAGCACAUCUGCGUCAUUAGGUGUCAGAUUAUGUGGAAUGCAGGUUUAUCAGGCAGACUCAGAUCUGUACGUGAAACGCGACAAAUAUUGGGGUCGCGAGUUGAAUGAGGAGGGAUUUAAGAAUGCCCUUUAUCGUUUCUUCCAUAACGGUUACUGCCUUCGCACCCCCGUCAUCCAGCGAGUGAUCGCUCGCCUGGAGGCCCUCCACCGAGGUAUUGAACGCCAGAGCAGCUAUCGCUUCUACUCCUGCUCCCUCCUGGUCGUCUACGAUGGCUACCAGAUGUCCGAUUACAAAACCCGUUCGAGGAGUCCUCUGACAACUCUGGGGGUUGAAGAGGAGUCCAACGAGUCAAACAGUUUCAUGGAUAAUCACCAAAACAGUUCAAACUCGUACCUCGAGGACAAUCAGCUCCGAUUGUCAAAUGAUUAUCACUCGGUGCACGAAGAUGUCAAUCCAUCGACACUUCAUCGAGCAUUUGGUGAGGCAGCGGCAAGAGGCGCUAAACAUGCCACUGGAUUUUAUCCCAUCAGCGAGGAGACUGUCUUCAUGGAUCCACCAUCCGAUCUUCUCAAUGCAACAGUCGUUCCCUCGCAGACGUACGAGAAUUGGAUUGGAUCCUACAGCAACACUGGUAGCAGCAAUACUUCAGGGAAUGUAUCCUCAUCGUCGUCAUCUUCCUCCAGUGGAUCUGGAGAUGAGUAUUGCUGCGUAGGUCAGCACACUAUCACUAAUUCUGAGGACUUGUCAUCGGAUUUGGACAUUGGUGGUAAGUGCACGUUGAAGAGAACCAGAAAUCGGGGAAGAUUGAGAUUUUGUGAGGAUGAGGAUAGCAAAGAUGACCUCAAGAGUUCCAACAAGAGGCCAAGGGUCAAGGGUGAUGCCAAGGUUGAUAUGCAGAAGGAUCCUGCUGUUGAUGUCAGGAUCAUUGACUUUGCGCAUACCACUUUUGGUCAUAAUAUGGGGGGAGGAGGCAGCAAAGUUCAUCAGGGACCUGAUUGUGGAUUUUUGACUGGACUCGAUAGCCUCCGGAGGCUACUUGGGGAAAUCCUCGCUGAGGGCUAGUUUUAGAAAAUUAUCAACGGCUUUUGGAGAUUUUUAUCAUGAUUUUUCGGAUGCACUGCUCUUCAGGAUUUUUUUU